AUGACCAAGGACGAAAAGGACCACGAACGAAAGAAACCAAGGACGAAAAGAAGCAAAGAUGAAAAGGACGAAGGACGAAACGAACGAAGGGAGAACGAUGAAGGACGAGAAGACGAGAAGGACGAAGGACGAGAAAAACGAAGGACGAAAACGACGAAGAACGAAAAGGACGAAGGAGGAAAAGGACGGAGGACGAAAAGGUCGAAGGACGAUGGGACGAAGGACGAAAACGACGAAGUACGAAGGACGAGAAGGACGAAUGACGAAGGACGAAGGACGAAAAGGACCAAGGACGAAAAGGACCAAGGACGAAAGAGACCAAGGAUGAAUAGGACCAAGGACGAAAAGGACGAAAAUCUUCCAACAGAAACCCUCGAUUUAAGAGACAAUAAAAUCGACUUCAUUGAAGAAGGUGCGUUUAGAAACAUGUUGAGACUGCGUGAUCUGAUCCUAAGUCGGAAUAAGCUCAUACAAAUUAGUUUUGGUUAUUUUGACAACACUCCCAACAUACUUAUGUUCGACAUCAGUUUUAAUCAAAUAACAAAAAUUGGAGAAGGAUAUUUUAAUUUUCUGACCGAUGAUUAUCUCGUCCUUAAUUUCGAAAACAACGCAGUUGAGGAAAUUCACCCGAGAGCAUUUGAAAACUUCAACAUAACAGAGCUUACUCUCAGCCAUAAUUUAAUUCGGAACGUUCCAGAAGAACUAGUUACCAGAAACAAGAUCACGAUAUUACAACUGGAUUAUAAUCAGAUCCGAGAUUUUCCAGAUACUUUUUAUGCCGAGAUGAAUUCAACUAUAGAAAUAUUAAUAAGUUUUAACCCUCUGAAAUGUGAAGUGGUGGAAAAAAUAAUGCAAAAUCAUCGGGUCCUUUUGUUUUUCAUGUGA